AUGUUUACUAUCCGAAUUCACACCGUUGAUACCUCCCAACCGCCGUUCGCAACGCCGGUCGGUGGUGGUGCCGCCACAUCCGGCACCAAAUCCACCGUCGCUGGAGGUUCAAAACCUAAGUCCAAAGAAAACUUGUUCAUUCCUAUGGAAGUGAAAGGUGUAGCCCACCUUUUCCGCAAUCUACCAAACUUAAGCUCUACCUCUUCAAACGUCACCAUGACGUUGUUCAACAUCACCACACGCACCACACUUGUGUUCAUCGUCGCCGUACCUAACUACCUUUCUCAUGAAGAAUUCAUCGAUUUCUGUGGUUCUCACGUUGAUUACUUCUCCGAUCUCUGUUUCAUCAGAAAUGAUGCGGUGGAAGAUCGGUAUAGCGUGCUUAUUAAGCUUGUGAACCAAAUGUCUGCUGAUGCAUUCUGUUGCAGUUAUAAUGGAAAGCGAUUUAAGCCUUCUGAGCCUGAGGUUUGCCAUCUCUACUUCGCUCAAUUAGUGGAGUACACAGAUUCAGCAGAGGCAGCCAGUAUCCCACAUCCAGGGUAUACAGAAUUACCCACUUGUCCAAUUUGCCUAGAGACAUUGGACCAUGACACAAGUGCAAUACAGAUUACGCUGUGUGACCAUUCAUUUCAAUGUUCAUGCAUUUCGAAGUGGACCUACUUGUCUUGCCAGGUCUGUCGACUUCGUCAGCGGCAGGAUGGCAAACCGACCUGUGCAGUUUGUGGCUCGUCUAGCAACCCGUGGGUCUGUCUUAUAUGUGGUUUUGUAGGAUGUGGAAGGUAUGAAAAAGGGCAUGCUAUUGAGCAUUUUCGCCAUGCUCAACAUUGCUAUUCACUUGAACUAGAAACACAGCAAAUUUGGGAUUAUGAUGGGGAUAAGUAUGUUCACCGAUUAAAUCAAUCAAAAGUUGGUACCAAGUCAGUUGUGGCAAAUCAAGAAGGUGAAUCACUUGAAGGGGAGUGUUGUGAUAAAGAGGAUGGUGAAGUUGGCGGGGCACUUUUUAGCAGCAAAAUUGAUGCGAUCGCGGAUGAGUAUAACAUUCUUUUUGCAACCCAGAUGGAGACCCAUCGACAACAUUAUGAGACACUACUUGCGGAGGGAAAAAGUCGAAAGGAGAUAUCCAUAGCUGAAGCCAUAGAGAAAGCUGAAGUUGAAAGAACAAGGGAAAUUCAACAUAAACUGGAAGAACUUGCCAAAGAAACAAAGGCCGUUUCACUUAUUAACGAAGAUCUUGCAAAAGACCAAGACUCCCUGAAGAAAAAAUACAAGGAAAUCCAGGAUAGGGAAAUUGCAACACUAAAAUUGAAGGAUGAGAAAAUAGUUGAUCUGGAAGAACAGAUUAGAGACUUGAGAAUUUAUAUGGAAGCUCGUAAAACACUGGCGACAUCUGGUGAUAGAGAUGAGAUAAAAGGGGGGACGCUACUGCCGAUGGUUCAACCAAAUGAGUCGAGCCCUAAGAACAACUCUAAAAGGCGUGGAGGCCGAAAACGCAAUUAGAUCAUGUGGAGUAGGUGCACAUAAAAGUGAAGCAAGUAGAAUGUAAGCCUAUUUCUUCCUUUAAAGAAAUCAAAAAUAAGAAGGGUGUUGUAAGAAAGAUCUUGAAUUGUUUUGUGCUUCCUCUUUCUUUCUUUCUUUUGAUCUUGAAACAAUGUGGAGUGUAUUUAUAAUAAACCACAUAUUGAUCGGGAA